AUGGCUCUCGAGGAACUAGCUACCUUGCCCGCGGAGAUUAUGGAGUCCCAAUUGUCCAUUAUUGACCUCUUGGCCGCGAUGUUCCCAUCACCAGGGGAGCUGGAAAUCUCUGAAUCAACAAUGCGAUGGGUCGAGACACUACGAGAUUGGUGUCAAGACCCGGUCUCUAUUCCUGAUGUCCCUUCAGCUAUGUCUCUCGUCGUUGCUCUGCCCAUUUUGGAUGGCGAAAAGACCAUACAAGUCAAUAUUUCGGUCCCGCUACAAUGUGAGGAUCCUGAGACCAUUGACCAGCCUCCACCAUUGCGCUAUACACUCCGCCAACCUGACUGGAUGACCAAAGCCGAGGUGGCUGACCUUGCCGUCUCGAUCCCGUCAGGUGAUGUUCUAGAGGCAUUCGAAUACAUCCAAGCAAAAGCCAGCUGUUUCAUCGAAAACAAGCAGGUCAUGAACUCCCAAGGACCAGGAAUGCUGGAAAAGUUCCAAGAGCCGAUUGUAAGGGUCUGGUUUUAUUUUCCAUCACUGUCAACCCGUAAAAAGAGAGACGAUAUGGUCAAUAUCGCGCCCGGGUAUUCUUUAACUGGCUUCGUGCUAGCGGGUAAGCCAGGUGUGUUAUGUCUCGAGGGUACAUCGCCAGAAAUCGAUGCCUAUAUGAGCUUCAUCAAGACGCAUUCAUGGGGUGAUAUUCCGAGUCAUCAGAAAAAGGUAAGCGAAAGGUUCCGACAGACAGGGAAUAUUGAGAGAGUCUUUUCCGGCAUGGAAGAAAUCACGGACUCGCUUGGAGAGCGGGGGGGCAGCGCGCCAAUCGGGGUGACAUGCAAGCGCUUGAGGCAUGGUUGGGAGCAAAAGGGCUUCAAGAAGCAUUUGAAAUGGUUAUCUUCUGAGUUAUCCAUAUGUGAACAUGACAUGUUCGGGAUAUUUCAGCGUGGGCCUCAUUUGUUGUACGUUCAAGCCCUGGAUAAUCGCAUCACCAUCCGCUUCUUAUGA